AUGCAUCAGCACUUAAACAGUCACCACGAAAGAAGUUGUAGAAAUGGAAAGAUCGGUAAGCAGAAAAUUAUAUAUUUUUCGUUAAAUUCUUAA